AUGAGAGGAAACCAUGAAGUGGACAGCCCGACAAAGAAGAAAUACAAUAUAGCAUUAGUUUCUGAUUUCUUCUGUCCAAAUGCUGGAGGUGUUGAAACCCACAUUUACUUUCUGGGUGAAUGUUUAAUUAAGCUGGGGCAUAAAGUUAUUGUUAUUACACAUUCUUAUGAACAACGAAAAGGUGUUUGCUAUUUGACGAAUGGUCUCAAAGUUUAUUACCUGCCAUUUGUUGUUGCCUACAAUGGAUGUAGUUUAGCAACCAUUACUGGCAGUUUUCCUUGGUUGCGUAAAGUAUUUCUGCGAGAAAAAAUUGAGCUGGUACAUGGGCAUUCAACUUUCUCAUCUAUGGCCCAUGAAGCUAUGUUUAACGGAUGGAUUAUGGGUUUGAGAACAGUGUUCACUGAUCAUUCUUUAUUCGGGUUUGCCGAUGCAUCGGCUAUCCUUACAAACACUUUAGUUCUUCAAUACUCUUUAGCUAAUGUUGAUAGGGUGAUAUGUGUAUCUUACACUAGUAAAGAAAACACAGUUUUGCGUGGUAAGCUGAAUCCUACAACCGUUUCUACUAUUCCGAAUGCCAUUCAAACAUCUUUAUUCUACCCAGAUAAACAGAAGUUUCAUAACAAUCCUACUACCAUAGUUUUCAUUGGUAGACUUGUAUACAGGAAAGGAGCAGAUCUUCUUUGCGCGAUUAUACCUAAGAUAUGUAAAUUAUUCCCGGACGUCCGUUUUGUUAUUGGCGGAGACGGUCCUAAACGGGUCGAUAUGGAAGAGAUGCGAGAGAAGUACAAUCUCCACGGAAGAGUUUUGAUGCUUGGAAUGGUACCUCACAACAUGGUUCGGGAUGUUUUAGUUGAAGGGCAGAUUUUCAUAAAUACUUCUUUAACUGAAGCGUUCUGUAUGAGCAUAGUUGAGGCUGCUAGCUGCGGCUUGCACGUUGUAUCAACAAAAGUUGGUGGAAUACCAGAAGUUUUACCCCCAUCCUUUAUUUCAUUGGAAGACCCAGUCGUUGAGGAUUUGGUCAGAGCUUUGAGCGAUGUCAUCAACAAAAGAAAUAAAGGAUUACUCAUGGACCCCGAAGAGAAACAUGAAGAAGUGUCGAAGAUGUACUUUUGGCCUGAUGUUGCUUCCAGGACUCAGAUUAUUUAUGAUGAUGCCAUGAAUGUGAAACCGAAGAAAUGGAUUGAAGGAAUUUCGAAUUAUGCUCAUCAUGGACUAGGUUUCGGAGUACUUUACAUAUGGGUUGCCGUUAUUAACAUGAUUCUGUUACUCAUUUUGAACCUUUUUGAUCCACCUGAGAAAGUUCCAGAAAAAACUAACAGGAGGAUGUCAACGCGCAAAGAGAAACUAGGAGUGUCUGAUAGGUCCAAGUGUCGCAAUCGCAAAGAAUGA